AUGGUCAAGCCCUUCCCUGCAGCAACGUUGGGGCUUUCCUUUCUUAGUGCAGUCACUGGCGCAUACGUGAACCCCGGCGCGUGUUCCGGCGUCUGUGUGAACACUCACGACCCCAGUAUCAUCCGUCGUGCUGACGGCACAUACUUCCGUUUCUCGACUGGCGGUGGGAUCGCUGUGCACUCUGCCCCAGACCUCACCGGUCCAUGGGAGUACAAGGGCGCUGUGCUACCCGACGGAACGAACAUUAAGCUUUGGGACGGCAAGAUGGAUGCUUGGGCUCCUGAUGUUCACCUCGUGGGUGAUACGUACUACUUGUACUAUUCGGCUGUUCGAGAUGUGGCCUUCGACGGACACAAUCUAGCGGCAAUUGGAGUUGCUACCUCCACGACGAUGGACAUUGGGUCGUGGAAGGACCUGGGAAGCACUGGUAUUCAGAGUAAUGACUCCAGUGAGUUCAAUGCUAUUGACCCCGAUCUCUUUGUUGAGGACGGUCGCAACUACAUGAUCUUCGGUAGCUACGAGGAAGGUUUGUACCAAGCAGCCAUGAAUAACCCUCCAACUUCUGUCGUUCCAGACUCGUACGCCAAGCUCGCCUACGAGGAAGGUUUGUACCAAGCAGCCAUGAAUAACCCUCCAACUUCUGUCGUUCCAGACUCGUACGCCAAGCUCGCGUACGAACCUGCUGGCAGUCACGCUGACGAAGGUGCCAACAUGUUCAAGUACGGGGACUACAACUACCUCUUCUACUCCAACGGAGUCUGCUGUGGCUUUGAUACGAAGAAACCAGCAGCUGGAGAGGAGUACAAGAUCAAGGUCUGCCGUUCUAAGUCUGGCGUAAUGGACUUCCGUGACGCGGAUGGCAAGCUUUGUACGGAGGGAGGCGGCACAAUUGUGCUCGAGUCUCACGACAACGUAUACGGACCCGGUGGCCAAGGUGUGUACGACGAUCCGACUUAUGGUCCCAUUAUCUACUACCACUACGUCGACACGACUAUCGGGUAUGCUGAUGGCCAGAAGCAGUUUGGCUGGAACAAGCUCGAUUUCUCAAGUGGUUGGCCAGUCACAACGGCUGCUGACACUACAGCUCAGCCGGCAACUACUCAAACGACCCAGGAAAACUAAUCGGGAGGCUUCAGCUAGACAGCCCAAGCCACCGAAUGUGCAGGUGCUGGUUGUUAACUUGCGUAGAUAUAAAUCAAUGUUACUCGGU